UCUUCUCUUUUGGAUCUAGACAAGCGUUUAUUUUGGGCGCGUUUCCUCCAUUGAUAUUCGUUCUUUAUAUCGACUUCCCCUCUCAUGCCCUUGAUCCUCUCCACUAUCUUUGCCGCCCCAGAGAAGCUUUUAUAAACUUCGAUUUCCACCUUUCUGUUUACUCAGUCGCAACCACAUCUGCUUCCAGAUCUUCCGCCUUUGCCCAUCAAGUGAACGCCACCAGCAUCAGCAUCACAAUGGGCGGCUUCUAUAUGCAGUACCUUGAGAGCCUCUGCCGUCGUCGAGGAUGGACAGACCCCAUGUACGAGUGUUACCGGGACCACAACGGCUACACUUGCCUGGUCCUUGUCAAUGGCCGUGAAUAUCAGACAGAUCUCGCAUACGAAUCCGACGGAUUGGCCCAAGAGAAUGCUGCCAUGCGUGCUUUCAUGGUAUGCCGCAACUUCUCUGUUAACGGAGGUAUGCUGGCACGCAAUGGCAUUGUCCAAGGCCUUCCAGCUCAGGAAACAGCACGUCACCGCAAGAGCCGCUACACGUCUUCUCGAGACAGCGACCGCCACAGCAGGCGAUCGGGACACCACUCCAGUAGUAGCUCGACUGCCUCAUUCGACUGA